GCUGGCGAGGGUGGGCCUGGCUGGGGCGUAGACGCGGCUCCAGCCUCCAGACUGAGUCCUGUGGGAUCUCCUGAAGUCUAACCCAGAUGUGAAAAGACUGAGGCAGGGUGCAGAGCUCAGCCCUGAUGCCCAGGAGCACCAUGCAGGUGCCACAGGAUAAAGAUGACCUCGUCUGCCAGCCCUGGUACCAUGGCCAGCUGUCUCGACAGUUGAGCCACCUUGCCUCCAUCUUCAACUUAAUGUCACAUACUUAAGAGCCCUGGAAACCUGACACAUACAAUAAAAUUAUGACAAACAGAAAGCUAAGCGAUUGCCCGGGAAUCAGACGUUCUGGGUCCAGAGCCUAGCCCUGCGACUUACAUUCUGUGGGACUAUGGACAAUGUAUUUGACUUCUGAAACUCAGUCUGUUGAGUAUUUGGUGUGGCAGUGCACCUGUAUUCCCAGCACUCAGGAGGCAGAGGCAGGCAGAUCUCUGUGAGUUCAAGGCCAACCUGGAAGCCGAAGCCCUUCUGCUACAAGACGGUGACUUCCUUGUUCGCGCCUCGGAGUCCCGCGGGGGCCGCCCUGUAAUCUCCUGCCGUUGGCUAGGCAAGACCCUCCAUUUUGAGGUGUUCCAAGUGACACUGCGCCCCAGGCCUGGUCGCCCGCAGGCCCUCUUUCAGCUGGAAGAUGAGAGGUUUGCCAGCAUGUCUGCCCUGGUCCACAGUUACAUGACUCGCAGACGCCCGCUGUCCCAAGCCACAGGAGCUGUGGCCUCCAAACCUGUGAGUCGUCAGAGGCCGCUGACACGCAGCUUCAGUGAAGACCUGCUCACAGACAGCCCAGCUGCCACCAGGCCUCUGAGACCUAGGAAGUGGAGUUCCAGCCAGCCUGCAGAUCUGGACCAUUCCGGAAGGGACGAAGAUGGCACCAGAGCAGGAGCACCCCCUGCUUUUGGAUCUGCCCUGCACCGGACAGGCAGCGAGCCCACAUUGCCGAAGGCCCUGCCUCACCUGGGAACUAUGACAGACAGGCUCAGAGCCUCUGAUGGACAGCUUCAGGCAAAGGCUCCCUCCAAGCCGCACAGGAUACCCCCAACCUACUGCGAACUCCUUCCCCGGGUGCCCAGUGCUCAGAGAACGACUCCCAGACCAAGCUGUCCAGAGCCAGAGGUCUGGGGGUGGGAAGCCGAAGAGGAAGAGGAUGAAGACAGGCACAGAUGCUUCGUAAGGCCACAAACUGAGGUCUCUUUUUGUCCCCCUGUCCACCCGUCUUGCCUGCUGGGUCCCCAAAACCGGCCCUUGGACCCUACAGUUCUGCACACUCUCCGAAGCUUGUUUGUGGCACACCAUCCUGGGAGUACUGCUCUGCAUCUGCUCUUGGUAGACUGCCAGGCUAUAGGCCUGCUGGGGGUAACCAAGAGUCAGCAGAGUGCCAUGGGCGUUGCCUCUGGUCUGGAACUGCUCACACUUCCUCAUGGCCAUCAGCUGAGGUUGGAGGUGCUGGAGAGGAUUGAAAUGCUGGCGCUGGCUGGGGCUCUGGCUGUGCUGGGUUGCUCGGGGCCCCUGGAGGAGCGCACAGCCGCUCUGAAAGGCCUUGUGGAGCUGGCAUUGGCACUGAGGCCAGGAGCGACAGGGGACCUGCUGGGACUGGCUGGGGUCAUGGGCGCCCUGCUCAUGCCCCAGGUGUCCAGGUUAGAGAGCACCUGGCGUCAUCUGCGAAGGAACCACACGGAGGCUGCGCUGGUCUUCGAACAAGAGCUAAAGCCUCUGAUGCGAGCUCUGGAUGAAAGUACAGGACCCUGCAACCCAGGAGAGGUGGCCCUGCCACACGUGGCACCAGCAGUGCGCCUGCUGGAGGGUGAGGAGACCUCUGGGCCGCUGGACGAGUCCUGUGACCGGCUGCUGCGGACCCUGCUUGGGGCCCGACAGGUGGCCCGCGAUGCACCCCUAUUCCGCAGGGCGGCUGCCCAGCGGCUGCAAGGAUUCAGGCCCAACCCGGAACUUCGGGAGGCGCUGACCACCAGCUUCCUGCGCCGCCUCCUCUGGGGCAGCAAGGGGGCCCAAGCCCCCAGAGACGACCGACUGCAGAAGUUUCAUCGCAUCCUUGGCAUCCUGUCCCAGCAACUAGAGCCACGCGGCUGAGUGCCCAGGGCCCAGCCCUCGCAUCUGGGCUAUGCAAAAACUAUGGAGGAGCCAAAAGGUUUAAAUCUGCCCCAUCCCAAGGUCAAAGUUUAAAAAAAAUCCCUCUCUUAAGGUGGACCUCAAGAGACUGAGAUGCACUACCUGCCUCCUUUUUACCCAAAGCCCUGAGCAAGCAUCCAGAGACCCACCUUGCUUUCCCACACGCAGCUGGGGUACCCAGCAGGCGGCCACAUGGCAAACAUGUUACUUUGGAAAAUAAAGACGUCUUACAGAUCUGGUGGUCAAAGUUCAACUCUUA